CGAGGUGCCCUGGACGGCUUUUGACUUGCAACCGCGGGCCCCAAAGAUAUGACGGGAAGGUGGUUCCUCCCCGUUAGCGUACCCCCGAGGCCUCCCUCCCUCGUCGCUUCGCUCUGCCCACUCGCUCUGCGCGCGCAGGCCGAUGGCUUCCCCUCGUCCUCCAUAGCUGGUUCUGGCUCAAAAGCCGUGUUUUUUAUGUGUGGGGGGCGCCAAGUUGGGCCGCAGCUCUCGUUGCCGCCAUGACCGCCGAGGAGUCCGAGAUGUCCAAGAGCGCGAAGAGGAGGGCAGCGAAGAAGGCCAGGGACGCGGCAGCCGAGGAGCCUGCGAAGCCCCCCGAGCCGGAGGUGAAGAAGGCGGAGCCGGCGCCGAAGGCAAAGGGGAAGGCGAAGGCCAAGGCUGAGCCCGCCCCGGCAGCGGCGGAGCCGACGCCGAAGGCGAAGGGCAAGGCGAAGGCGGCGCCGAAGGCCGCGGCGGAGCCCGCGCCUGCUGCGCCGAAGGCCGCCGCGGAGCCGAAGCCGAAGGCCGACGCGAAGAAGAAGGCGGACGGCAAGGCGGCGGCGAAGCCGAAGGCCAAGGCGAAGAAGGAGGAUGAGGAGCCUGCGGCGCCUGCGGCGCCCCCAGCGAAGACGAACGACUUCACUUACACCUUCGUUGACGACGGCAAGGGCGGCGACUGGGAGGUGUCGACGGGCAUGAACGCGAAGAGGGCGAAGCAGCAGAAGAAGCUGGAGGAGAGGAAGAUCCUGGAGGCCCAGGUGCUGAAGACCGCGGGCGGCAAGGCGGUGCCUGGGGCGGCCGCGGCGAUGAACAUGGUGCCGGGCAUGGCGGGAUACAAGGCGGGCCCGACGGUGGACCAGUCCCUGAUGGCCACUCCGGAGCAGAUCGCGAAGAUCAUGGCCACAAAGGCCCCAGCGGCCGAGGAGAAGCCCAAGGAGGCGGUCUCCGUGGCCGAGGUGAAGGUCCCCGAAGACAGGGUUGGCAUCGUGAUUGGACCCAAGGGCGCCACCCUCAACAUGGUCAAGGAGAAGACCGACGUGAAGAGUAUCCAGCUGCCUGCGGGCGGCAUUCUGCGCAUCGAGGGCAAGCCGGAAAACGUGGCCCAGGCCCAGCAGGCCUUCGAGGAGCUGGUCGCCAAGGGCUUCACCUCCCUGUCCUACGAGAACUUCAAGAGCGACGCCGUCAAGGUGCCCACCAACGCCCUGCCCGACCUCAUCGGCAAGGAGGGCUGCAUCAUUCGGGCCGUCAAGGAUGCUCUCAAAGUGGAGAUCACGAUGCCCAAAAGCUCUGGGCCGCCUGGGUCUGGUCCGAAGAGAACAAUGGUCACGAUUGCGGGCAAGGGUGAAAAUGUCGAGAAGGCCAAGGAGGUAAUCAACGACAUCGUGAUGUAUUACCACCACGAGAUCACCCAUCCCGGCGAUGUGCACGAGGAGCUGGAGAUCGAGGAGUGGAACUACAGGUUUAUCAUCGGCAAGGCGGGCUCCGAGCUGAGACACACUGAGAAGAAUUACAAGGUGCGCGUCAGGAUUCCUCGCGACGAGACCCCCAACAGGAACGUCGUCGUCGUUGGCGAGAAGCGCAACGUCGAACGCGCCGUGGCGUACAUUCACAACGUGAUCGCCAAAGCCGCCGAGCCCAGGGGCCGCGGUGCAGGGGACAAGGCCGAGGACUUCUGGGGCGAGGAGGACGACAUUUCCGGCGACCCGGAGCUUUCCAGGUACCUCUACAAGAGGAGCUAGUCGCUUUGUCACCGACCUGUCGGCUGCUAUUGUGCUACAGUCCUCUAUGGCCACAGCUUCCUGGCAUGAUAAUGAUGAGAUGAAAUUGGGAGGGUAAGGGGGUGGGUGAGCGUGGCGAACCAAGGUUUGCAGGACCCACUUGAAUCAACCUCCAACCUUCUGUGCAGUAGUCAUAUCAUAUGUCAUGAGUGGGCAGCUGCCAGUUUUGCGUCAUGGCAGCACGAGUUGCCCAGAGCACGCGGAUUUGCCCCGCCCUCUGCGCCUGGCUCCCUUCCCCCUGUGGCUCCCUUACCCCUGCUCCUACUUCCCCGCCUCCGCUCUCCUUCAACCUUCCCCUUCCCCCCUCCAUCUCCUCUCCUCCAAGUCUGCCAAGCCACGCUGGUGCUGAGCUUGGCAGGCGCAGGCGUGCACCCCCGCCUUUUGGGCGGCCAAGUUUUGGCGCUUCUCCCCACCUACCAGUCUCCUCUCUCUCUCUCUCUCUCCCCCCCUAUGGCGCCUCCUCCUCCUCCUCCUCCUUUAGAUUUGGAUCGGUAUGUUUCCAGCGCGGAGGCGUGACCCUUUCCUAAGCCUCGCUGGUUCCUGCUGGCUUGGUCCAGGUCGCCCCUGUCAUCGAACAUAGAGAAAUGAGGCACGCCCAGCUGGUUCGAGGGCAUGCGCGCACCCUCGCACGAGUUGUACACAGCCUAUAGGGAUGCCGGGACGGUCGGUCCCUGCUCAAGCAGAAGGCCCCGUCAGACCGCGCAAGCGAGGUAUGCAAUCCUUUUCGAAUCGGG